AUGGGAGGUGUGCGGAACACGCUGCACGCGUAUGGCAUCAUCAGCAAGCCACACAUAUCGCGUAAGGUCGGUCUAUCGCUCAGCAAGCUAGACGCCAACGGGACAACUCGUCGCUUGAAGGAUGUGUACACAAACACAUUGAACAAGCUCAAGCUCUUCGACACGGAAAACAUAUUCUCCACUCCCGCUGACCCAUGUACGCUCGUGGAGUACACCCGUGCUGUGAAGGUCCCGAUGGACCUCAGCAUAAUGCAGCAGAAGGCGGAGGGCUUGAAAUACCUCGACGACCCCUCCAUUUUUGACGAGGACAUCGCCCUUAUCGUAAACAAUGUAAAGGCGUACAAUAAACCAGAUUCGGUGAAGUACCAGGCGGCGUUGAAGCUUAAGGACACCUAUGCCUCUCUUCGCCCUGAUAUGAUAAAGCAGAUUAUUAGUUUGUUGGAUUUUAAGGCCAAGCGGUUAUCGCAAAACGCGAACCGUGCCCCAGCAGAGGCGGCCCCGGCCCCCAAGGACGAAGCCACCACCGUUUCCAAAACGUCCCCGCGAUACCGUUUACCUGAUAUUACCUCUGCAGCGAAACGCCGUCGGGUUCGGAAGGCGUCUGUAUCGCAAGACUCGUGUGGUGACAAGCCCACACCACGAGAUCCACCCAAAAGUCAUCCCAUGACCGACGCCGUCAAUCGGGCAUUGACCAAAGAAUCGCAAGCACACGAGCCCAUGGGAACGUCUCUGACCGCGCCUAAAGGAUUUUUAGGUCUGAUGAAGGCGAUGGCGUCGAUGUAUGCCGUUUUGUGUGAUACUCCGUACGCCAAGAUGUCGUGGUUCGACAGCCUGGUGGACCCUUAUCGCCGCGUUUUGAAGCAAUUCGAGUAUAUGAAGUAUUCGUCCCGAAAUCGGGUGAGACGGCUUAUGGAACCGCAUGCGGCUGCGCUACUGAUGCGCCGUAUGAAAAACGAGCCCUACAAGGAGAGCCUUUUGAAAUUUGUCGGACGCGACAAACUGCGGCGUGUGAAUGCGGUGAUUCCGAGUUUCAUGGAAACGUUUAGUGACCUUCACGUGAACCCUCACUUGAUAGUCACCCGCGCUGAUUUAAAGUUCUGA